GCAAACACAUAACGAUCAUUACAUUUGAUGCUUCUCUUGGAGAAAUGCAACCAGCUGCUGCAAUCUCUUGCUACAUCAGCUGCCUUGAGGCAGCAGCAGCAGCCGUUAGCUUCUCUUCUCCCAGCAUGCGACGACGACAACGACGACUAACGACACCAGCUGCUCUUCUCCCUUUCUCUACUGCUCCUGACAAGUAUGGGCUGCCUCGACAUCGAUUUGCCCCAAUCUCUGCUGCCAUAAACUUUUCCCCGGAUGCUCUGGUGCAUCCCGCUCGCGAAAGCGAAAGGCAGAAGGAGAAGGCCGGAAGAAACAUGGGAGGACAGGAGAUGAUCGUGGAGGCGGGAGACAGCGUCACGCUGCAAUUCCCGGUCACGGAGAUUGUUGGCGGCGACGAAUCUAAGGUGAACAACGCCAUCGAGGUUGCGAUCGAUCAUGGCGACGUGCUCACCAUCUCGCUGAGGGAUCGUGAGCAGCAGAAGAAGCAACAGCCGAGCCUUCUCGAUGUGCGCCUCUUGAUGACACCGGGCUAUGAUGAGAAGAAGGUGGAGUGGCGGUCCAAGAAGGUCGAUGACAAAGUGUGGUUAGAGGUGACCAUCAAGAAGAAGGCUCCUACGGAAGAUGGAACGAGGAUUGUUGACAUCAGCGCCAUCGAAGAGAAUUAGAGAAACCUCAUAAACAUAUAUUAUUAGUGCUUUUGUUCGUGCCAAAAAAACAAUUCUUUACUCUUCAGUCACCGACUCACUAGAUGAGAUGUGUAGCCCUUACAAAUCAUCCAUGCAACUGCGCAGCUAGCUAAUAUAAAAUGUCAAUACGUUAUUGGGAGUAAUUUCUUUUUUCACGUGUUCA